AGUUACAGCAUGCCAACCUACAAGCUGACAUAUUUCAACUCCCGUUGGUUCGCUGAGCCAGCUCGAAUUCUCUUCCAGCUCGCUGGAGUUCCAUUUGAAGACUUCCGUUUUACACGUGGAAAUGGCACAUGGGAAAAGCUUAAAGACAAAACCCCAUUCGGACAGGUCCCAGUCCUCACCGUCGAUGGAUUUGACAUUCCCCAGUCUUCUGCUAUAAUCCGCUACCUUGCCAACAAAUUCGGAUAUGCUGGAAAAACCCCGGAGGAGCAGGCUUGGGCAGAUGCGAUUUGUGAUCAAGUGAAGGACUUCAUCGAUUCUUUCAAACAAAUUGUGAUAGCAAAACGUGAUGGGAAGACGGCUGAGGAAAUUGAAAAAAUCCAUACCGAGAUUUUCCUCCCAGCAAAAGAUUCGUACUUCAAGAUUAUUAAUGGUAUCCUUGAGAAGAGCAAGUCAGGAUUUCUAGUUGGCGAUAGUUUAACUUUCGCCGAUAUUGUUGUCGUGGAAAACUUCACCACAUUAGACAAAAACCAUUAUUGCAACGCUUCGGAGCAACCAAGAUUGACGGCUCUCAGGGAGAAGGUCUACGCGAUUCCAGCAAUUAAGCAUUGGGUAGAAACUCGUCCAGAUACUGUAUUGUAAUCCUGUCUGAAUAAAUAAGUAACUAUU